AUGGUUCGACCUGCCGCGCCUUCUACGCGCAAUGCGAUCUGUGAGUAGCUCGACUGGAUCCCGAACGCAUCCAGACGUUAUUUCCAACGGAUCGACGUGCACUCGUCGACCUUAUACGCGCGCAAAUGGGCGACAGCUUGCUUGACUUGUCUGGCUUAAGCUGGCAGUGUGUCGUGUGCCAGCCGCAGGCGCCUAGGAAGGACUCUACUUACACAGCUUUUGUCGAUUUGGCGCGUGUCGCCUGACUUGCCUGCCCACUCCUCCGUUCUUCAGUUAACCUCAUGCGGCAAGCACAUGGGGCGGGCUGCCCGUGCCACGGAUGCUCGAGCAUGCGAGGAGAGACGACUUCAGCUCUGCGAGCAGGAUUGGGCAUGAUCAACACUCACAACACGCUCUCCUCUACUCGGCGGUCCUAUGCCUCUCCCGUUCCUCUGGCUGCUCAAAAGGAGUACGCCUUCGAGCUUGCAGCCAGCAACAUUCGAUUUGGAGAAGGAGUGACGCAAGAGUUGGGCCAGGACUUCAAGAACAUGAAGGCGAGAAAGGUGGGCGUGUUUACGGAUAGCACAGUCAGGCACUUGACCCCUAUGAAGCAAUCCAUCGAAGCGCUGGAGCGUGAAGGUGUCAUGUACGAGAUCUUUGACCGAGUACGCGUGGAGCCCAACGACAAGAGCUGGGCGGACGCCAUCUCUUUUGCUCGUGCCAACGACUUUUCUCACUUUUUGGCAGUGGGCGGGGGAAGCGCAAUGGACACUGCCAAAGUGGCCAACUUGUUCACUUGCUACCCUGAAGCGGAUAUUUUGGAAUUCGUGAAUGCGCCCAUAGGGAGAGGCACGCCGGUGGACAAGGUCUUGAGACCCCUGCUUGCUGUUCCUACCACAGCAGGUACAGGCUCAGAGACGACAGGCACGGCCAUCUUUGAUCACACAGAGACAUCAGCCAAGACGGGUAUCGCCUCGCGUGCCAUGCGACCUCUGCUCGGAAUUGUCGAUCCCUACAACACCGAGACGUGCCCGACAGCAGUUCACGUCAGUGCAGGUCUUGACGUGCUCUUCCACGCCCUCGAGAGCUACACUGCGAUUCCCUACACCGAAAGAGCCAGACCAGCUGGUCCUCUGCAAAGGCCAGCUUACCAGGGCCGGAAUCCCAUCUCGGACGUCUUUUCGCUCUGGGCAUUGAAGCAGACGGUCAAGUACCUCCCUCGCGUGGCCAAAGACCGGACAGAUGUGGAGGCUCGUGGACAGAUGCUUCUAGCUGCAACAUUUGCAGGCAUCGGCUUUGGAAAUGCAGGUGUGCAUCUCUGUCAUGGAAUCUCAUACCCCAUCUCGGGUCUCAACAAGACGCUGGCAAACUACUACCAUCCCGGCUAUGCGUCCGAUCACCCCAUCAUUCCUCACGGUCUUUCCGUCUGCUUGACUGGUCCAGCAGUCUUUGAAUUUACAGCCGCAUCAGCGCCCGAAAGGCACAGAGAAAUUGCGGAAAUCUUUGCUACGGAGGAAGACGCUGGACAGGAUUCGAUUGCUAGGCUGGCCGACGACCAGAUCGGCCAGGUCGUCUACGACCGCAUUGCUCGAUUCCUGACCAAGACUCUCGGUAUGCCUAGAGGUCUUGCUGCUGUCGGAUACAAAUCAGAACAUGGUGAGUCAGCGCUCUGCUGAGCACACAGGCCCAAGUACGUCGCUGACAGCAGCCCACUUGGGCCCCACCAUCGUCAGUUUCUGUCCUCGUCAAAGGGUCCAUUCCUCAGCGUCGUGUUCUCGACUUGGCACCUGGCAUUGGCGACGUGACUGGUGGCUCGGAUGGCCAGGCGCAGCUCACUCAAAUCAUCGAGCGCAGUCUCAGCUACUGA